AAUAGGCUUAGUAUAGGCUAGCGCAAUUUGCUAUCAUACUUAAAUACUUCAAUAAUAAUCAAUAUCAGAGAGGCAUCCUUGCUUGCCGAACGAUUUAAAGUUCUGAUGGUAUAAUGGUGUUUUUGUAUUGAUAAGCAUAUAUAGGCCAUACGUAGAACUUUUUCAGCUUAUUUCACAAAAUAAUGAAUAUGUGCCACGGUGUGCAAAUAGCUUUUAAGCAUAAGGGUUUGCUUUUAUUUAAAUAAAAAUGCCCAAGAUUUUGUCAAAUUUGUCUGUGCCACAAGUAACUGUGAUGUGUUGUGAUGUAACAAAGAAGCAACAUUUGAAAUUCGAAAACAAGCGUAGUGUAAAGAUAAACGUACGCAUCUUCGUUACCAAAACGACUACAAAAGCGAAUCCUCUGAAUCUGAAUAACUUUCUUUACCACCAUGAGGGGUAAAUCGGAAACAGAGGGAAAUGCUUUGUACACCCAAGAUCUCCAGAAUUCUGUACAAACAGCAAGUGGGGACAAUGUGGAAGGCAAACAUUCAAGGAAGUCGAGUCCCAUCAGUCUGGACAAGACAACCCAGAUGGAGAAGGUUGAAACUCUUGUGCAAGGCCCUGCACGAUGGCACCUGGCUGUGGAGUCAGAGGGCAGAACCUCUAGUGCACUCACAAUGUCGGAGGACCUGUCUCCUCAGAAGAAAAAAAAGAAGAAGAAGAAAGAGAGUGCAGUGAGAGAGGCUGCUCAGCCAACAGAGGGAGGGAGAGAGGCAGAGGUGGCAGAGCUGUUGAGGAAGAUUAAGGAGCUACAGAUCCUGCGAAAGUCGGAAAGGGAGGAAUGGAAGCAGGAGAAGGAGAGAACAGAACAGGCCAGGGAGGAGGAGAGGAACAGGUGGAGGAAUAUCAGGAGGAACAUGGAGAACACUAUGGAGGAGCUGGACUUGGAGAAGAUGCUGGUGCAGCACCUGCGCAAGGAGGACCAGGAGAAGUGGUCCAAGACCACCAACAGCCUGCUGAACCAGCUGAUCAUUGAGAGGGAAGCCUGGCAGAUGGAGAGGGGGCAGACAAACAAGCAUCGCCGGAAAGCGGCAGAGGAGUGGAGGAACGAGAUAAAGGAGAAGGACAGGAAGAUAGCGGGGCUGGAGCUGGAGCUGAAGAAAGCCCUGAGCCAGAUGAAGGAGAACAGGGAGGCGAUGGAGAAUGAGAGGAGGGAGAUGGAAGCCGAGUGGGAGGAGGAGGCGGCGUUGCUUCAGAAGACGCUCCGAGAGAGGGACCAGGCUGUCAGGGCGGAGGAGAGGAUGAGGGAGCUGGAGAGGCAGGAGAGGGAGAAGAGGGCAGAGGAGGAGAAGAAAGCCAUUAUUGCAGAGGUGAAGAUGAAGGAGGAGAAGAAAAGGGCUAAGGAGGCAAUCAUGACCCAGAAAUCAGAGGAGCGACGGUGGGAACAGGAGAGGCUGGAGAGGGAGAAGGAGGAGAAGAAAAAAGAGAAGGAGCAGAAGGCCAUUAUAGCGGACCUGAGACGAAAGGAGGAGGAACUCCUGAGGAAGCAGAAGGAGAUGAUAAGGAUUCAGGUAGCAGAGGAGAGGAAGAGGGACAAAGAGCGAAGAUGGUGGAAGCUGGAGGAGUGGAAGGCCACAGCAGUAGAGAAGAAAGCGAGAAAUGAGACCAAGACUAUGAAGGAUGAGAAAGAAAGAGAAUGGUGGAAAGAAAAGAAAAGAAGAAAGAGGAGGAGAAUUAGGAAAUUAGGUGUGCUUGAAAAUGAGACAAGAGAGGAAGAUACAGAGUGCUGUCAAAGGCUCUGUGUUCGUAUACCUAUCGGAGAUAACAAGACAGAGUACUGCAACUACUACGUUAAAAAAGUGAACCAUGAAAGUGAACCACCAAAAAGCAUAAAAUCACUUUGUUAUGGAUUGAUUCAUUAGAUACUAAUGUACGGUAUAUAAUAUAAACUUUAAAUUAAUUUAAAUAUAAUACAAAUGACAUAAAUAUAACCAUUCAGUCUUAUUUUGUGUCCAUAUUUCUGACACAGGUCAAAAUAUUUGCUAACUGGGGCAUGAAUCCAACACAGUUGUAUCCUCUCAAAUGGGUAUUAUGUGACAAUGUUCUGCAUUGCUCAUUUGUUUGAACUUAUAAGCAAUAUUAAACAA